CAUUCCCGGAGAGAUGUUCCGUACAGCGCUUUUUGUGCUCCUGGUGGUGGCCCUCAGUGGCGCCAGUCCCCUGGUGAAACCCAUCCCGGGAAGCAAGCCCUGGAGGUCACGUCUGGACGGCAGGAUUGUCGGGGGUUCCGCUGUCAGCAUCUCCCAGUACCCAUGGCAGCUCUACUUCACCAUUGGCAACUACAUGUGCGGCGCCUCCAUCAUUAGCAACAGCUGGGCUCUCUCUGCAGCCCACUGUGUGGAUGGAUUCUCCAUCAACCAAAUGCUGUUGCGGGCUGGCACCUCCACCAGGGGUAGUGGAGGUACCACGCACAACAUCGCCACUGGCUACAUUCACGGAAGCUACAGUGGCAACGACUACGACAUCUGCGUCGUCCAAGUUUCUAACGCCUUCAGCUUCAACAGCAACGUUCAGGCCGUGGGUCUCGCAUCGUCAGAGCCCUCUGCCGGAACCUCAGUAACAGUCACUGGCUGGGGAACCACCUCGUCUGGCGGCAGUGCCUCCAACACGCUACUAGGUGUCACCGUCCAGAUCAUAGACCGCAACACGUGCAACCGCUCGUACGGCAGCAUCACCAGCCGCAUGAUCUGCGCUGGAGUGAGCUCAGGCGGCAAGGACGCCUGCCAGGGAGACAGCGGCGGUCCUCUGGUGUCCGGCUCCACCCAGGUGGGCAUCGUCUCCUGGGGCAACGGGUGCGCCUUAGCCAACUACCCGGGAGUCUACGCCAACGUAGCCAACCUGAGGUCCUGGAUCCAACAAGCUUCUGGCGUCUAA